CUGCCUGCAGACACGGUGCACAUUCUGUCCAGCUGUCAGGUCAUCACCUCUGUGGUAAACGUUGUGAAGGAACUGCUGGAGAAUUCCUUGGAUGCUGGUGCCUUGAGCAUCCACAUUAAACGGGUAAAAAAAAAUAUGUAUUUCACCCUUUAGUGUGGCCAGUGAAGCACAUGCAAAUCACUCAUGGUGUGUUGAAAUUGUCACAUUGUAAAGCACAUAGCUAUUUUACUUGUUUUCCCUGGCAAGAAUUAGGCCUACUUAAAGGUAUCCUGUUAAACCUGUCCUGAUAACAUGAAUGUAACUACACACACGGUCUCCAACUCCCAAUACUGUCAGAAAUGGUUAUAGUGUACUCAUAUGGUCAUAUCAUCUGAAUUCCUCAGAUAUUUUCCCAUUUUGAGUGGGCUCGGCUCACCUGCUCUCUGUGUGAAUUUGUUUUUCUUGGCAUGGGGGAAUACUUGAGUUCUCUCUCAUGAGUGCACUCUUUGCCCACUUCAGAGCCAUUUCUUAAUGAGCUGUCAGCGGUAAUCCUUUCAGGCAGCACAGCCAGCCUCUGAGGACAUAGUGAAGCUUUUUUAUUGGACUAAUAUUUCCAACUCUUCUCCUAUAUUGCCAAGAGGAAAGCAAAUCCACUUAUCAAGAGGAAAACAUUUUUCCGGAACUGAACACCACAUGAUCAAUAUCAAAUGACCUCCAAGUAUCUAGCACAUAAAAUUGCCUGUAUGGAAGGAAGCACAAUUUAUUCAUUUAUUGUACUUACCCCUCAUUGAAUUGGAAACUGAGCUGGAGUGGACACCGUAUCAAAUCAAAUCAAAUGUUAUUGGCCACAUGCGCCGAAUAGAAUUGUCUCAAGGCAUAAAAAUCCUUCUUUAACCUGUCUCCUCCCCCUCAUCUACACUGAAGUGGAUUUUAACAAGUGACAUCAAUAAGGGAUCAUAGCAUUCACCUGGUCAGUCUGUCAUGGAAAGAGCAGGUGUUCUUAAUGUUUUGUACACUCCGUGUAUAUAAUAAUCAGAUCAACCCACAAAAUAUGCUUGAAGAACUUAGAACACAUAAGUGUUAAUAUGACACAAAAAACUAAAAUCUGCUUUCAAGACUCUUUGAAGGGACAAUACUGAACAUUCUCUAUUUUAUGUAUUUCAUGUGUAAAAGGAGAAUUAGGAUCUGGAUCGAAUAGAAAGCAUAGACAGUGGCUCAGGCAUCAAAGCUGCUGAUACUGCUGUGAUGGCUGUGAAACACUACACCUCUAAAAUCUGCAGCCACGAUGACCUGGAGCGCCUGGAGACAUAUGGCUUCAGAGGAGAGGCCCUGGGCUCCAUAUGCGCCGUGGCAGAGGUCAGAAGCAGCUCUCUUUUACACUCAAUUCUGCUCAAAAAGUCCAAAGUGGUAAUAAGCAGCAGUGAUAGAUUUGCCUUGUGGUCUCCCACCAGGUAGCUGUCACGACAAAGACUGCAGAGAAUGACGUCGGCACCCAGUACACGCUUGACCUCACGGGCAGGGUCGUUUCCCAGACGCCCUCUCUCCUAGGGCAAGUUUUAACAUAG